CACACAUGUUGGUUCGCAGAGGUUCGCAGCUGCCUGCUGGCUUGCUUCGAAGUUUUCUCCCUUAUAUUCUUUUAAGAUCAGGCCCAUGAUUUCCUGUUAAACACGAUGUCUUCUGCAAGUGGUCUGCGACAACCCAAGGAAACGAACAAAGGUAGAAAUGGAUUCCGCGAGAGACACAUCCCUCUCGAUCCCGCCAACCCGGACGACUUGGCCAUUAGCAGACACCACUUUGCCCAGUACGUCCUUGCCUCCAAGGGGUCUUAUAACGGACCUUCGUUGAAAGAACUUAAAGCCGGUCCUAAAGCACCGCCGGUAGAGACGAAAGAAACUGUCGACGAGAAGAUACAGGAGCUGAAGAGACAGCAUGAAGAAGACGUUCAGCUUCUCACUAUGUUCCAGGCUGCAGAGUACCGCCAGGAAGUCCUUGACAGGUAUAAUUGUAUCGACGAUUCAAUAACGGGAGUGGAUCCGGAAGACCAGAUCCAGGUCGAUUAUCUUGCGGCUCUCAAUGAACUAUACAACGACGCAAGACCCAUGAAGCGCUUCCAGCACGAUAUGGACGACGCCCUAUCUCAGAUCCGCUAUAACUACCUCAAAUCCCUCCUCCCGCUCCUCACUCAACGCCGUCGGUUGGGCAUGCGAGAUUCCCACGCUCGAAAGCAGCGUGAAGCGCAGUUUCCGCAGAGUAUCGAAGAGUACCACAAUAGCCCGGAUCGCGACUCUCAGCUGCGUGUCGCACGGUUCCUCAUGUCUUCGACUUCUGAGCAGGAAAAGAUGAGGGAGACUUAUCAAUGGGCGUGGAGAGCAGUGCAGUCACUGAUGUCGGUGUUCAAGACGAAUGAAGGGUUCAAAAAUGAAAUAUUGGAGACAGUCAAAGAUGCGCAAGCUUCGGAUCCUCGGCGUCGGCCAACAGCGACUCCUGGAUGGCAGUAGGUUGGAAUGUCGUCGUAUCACGAUCGAGAGGGGUUUGCCCCAUGACUUUUGCGAGGCGCGGGCGAUACACACACAUGAAGAUGAAUGGGCCAAAGAUGGGCGAUGGUUUGUAUAUCCUGGUGGCGACAAAGGGCUUUUGCAUGUGCUCCACGG